UUUUUUUUUCCUUUGCCUCAUCUGUUCAGAACAUGUUAUAGGAAAAGAAAGAGAAAAGGGUCCUGCAGUACAUCCUGAGACAGAGGGAACUGUGUUGUCACUUGUUACAUGGCGGAAUGAGCUGAAAAAAGCCUUCACUGGUUUUCACUGGAAUUCAUUUACGGAUUUUACGCAUCUGGAAGUCGCCUUUUUUGCGUAAAAAACAACAAUCACCGAGCUAUGAAGGGAGAGAGGAAGGAGUGAUUUUACGUGGUUUGAUUAUAUUUGAUGCUGUGGAGGUUUCUGGCUGGUUUAAGCCGAUUAUUGCGAGCUGAGGACGGGAAAGGAACGCUGAGAGAGACGGAGAGACGCACCGCGGUGACUGGAGGGACAGAGGGCUGUAAAGAGUGGAAACAUGAGAUUGAUCACCAUCUCUGCGCUUCUGCUGUUAAAAGUUGCUCUUGGAGAGGCUUGUGCCAGUGGCAAGUUCACUGAAUCGGGACACUGCUGCAGAUUGUGUCCUGCUGGUUAUGAAGUGGAGGUAGAGUGUGGGAAGGAGGAUACCAAAUGCAAACCGUGUCCAAAGGGAACCUUUUCCCCAUCUGAAGGCCUUGAAGCUUGCCGUCCUUGCAGCACGUGUCCACGUGGUGUCCCCAUGUUGGCUUCUUGCUCAGCAUCCCAGGACAUCCAAUGCGACUGUGACACUGGCUAUUACUUUUUGAGUUCCUUAUCUCUGUGCGCGCCCUGCUCCAAAUGUGGGCGGGGUCAGGGGGUGGUUCGGGAGUGCGACCAUCAAGGAAACAGGGUUUGCCAGAAGUGUGGCCCGGGAACCUUUAUGGAGGAUGAUUUCCAUACCAAAGUGUGCCAGCUUUGCACUCAGUGCUCUGAAGAAGAGGUGGAGAUCCGAGCCUGUUUGUUCUUUUCUGACACUGUCUGCUUGGAUAAGCAACUGCACAUUUUGUCUCGCCCUGCCUUGAACAUCCCAAACGGGACAUUGCUGAUGGAGGAGGGGGAAGGUGGUAACCCCACACUCGUACCGUCCAAGCUGACCCCUCAGGACGAGGGGGACAGCAACAACAUUCUGGCCUAUGUGUCUGUUCCUGCUGCUGUGGUGCUCGGCUUGUUGGUUUACGUGGCUUAUAAAUGUUGGCAGUCGUGCAAACAGAAGAAGGCUCUCUCCAAGGCCCGAGUGGCAGAGCUGGGAACAUCUCCAGAAGCAGAAAAGCUCCAAAGUGACAGUGGUGUUUUUCUAGACACAUACAGCCUGCAGGAUAACCAGCCUAGCAAAGGUACUAAGAGAGACAGCAAGUACGACAACCGCCUUUACAUCAACCUGCCACCGAACAAGCAGGAGGAGGUGGAUCGCCUUCUGCAGGAGGCGAGCGGCCGCGGAUGGAGGCACCUUGGUGCUGCGCUGGGCUAUGAACCCGAACAGCUGGACCUGUUCGGACGUGGCGAGGCCCCGACACACACACUCCUGUCUAACUGGGCCCAGAAAGAGGGCUCUACUCUGGGACUGCUGAGCUCGGCGCUGGCCCGCAUAGAGAGAUCCGAUGUGGUGACGGCGCUUAACAGCAGCCAGCAGGGUGCCUCUGUCGUCUGACACACUAGAAGGCCCUGCAGUGACAAUCACAGACUCAAGUGAGGGAUUUAAAGAGGAAAAGGAAGGCACUCGGUUUUCAGAUCUUCUGUCAUGGUUAAAUGGAGUCUCUUUUAACUAUGUUGACAGAUCUUUUUUUGUUUUUCACUAGAAUACCAGCAAUACUCUAAAAAAUAUAUCUUUUUUUUUUUUGCUUUAUUUGAACUGUAGGAGAGAAAGCCAUGCUGCGUGGAAACAGAAUAUUUGUCUUGUAUUGCAGGGCUCAUUUCACUGAAUAUACAGUGCUGUAAAAAGAAUUCCUACCAUAAGGUUUUUUUUCUUUUUGUUGGUUAUAUUGAAAUGUUUUUAGAUCAUCAAAUACAUUUUAAUAUCAGACAAAGAUAAACCUUAGUAAAUACAAAAGCAGCUUUAAAGAGAGGCUUCGGUUGAUUAAAUGAAAGUAUUUUAAAUCUGGCCUAUUCAGAAAAUGUAAAUGCCCCCUUAAUCUAAAAUAUGGUUUUUCAGCGUUUGACCAAAACACAUACAUGAUCCCAGGAUUUAUUUUAUUUCAUUUUUCAGGAAUGUUGUGUUAGUUUACACCUUAACAAGAUGUACAACUUAUAAAAGCUACCAGAGGAAACUGA